AUAGAACUUCACUUAUAAAUGGGAGUCUUCUGGAAGAGACGAGAAGACCGGUAGAAUUUUUUUUAAGUACCAAGACUUGACUGUGAAGUAAUCCGCGCACAUGGCAUUAAUAAGGCGCUCUUUUGGGUGGACCAAGCCCUUGGCCAUAGAUCCGUGGUCGCUUAUACUCAUUCUCUUUUCUGUACACCAUGUAUAUGGGAGUGGAAAGAAGUUUACUGGCCCUUGUGGAGGAAGAGAUUGCUCUGUUUGCCAGUGUUUUCCUGAAAAGGGGUCUCGGGGUCAACCAGGACCACCAGGGCCACAGGGUCCUAUUGGACCCCUGGGACCUCCAGGACCCAUUGGAAUUCCAGGAGAGAAAGGGAUGAGAGGUGACAGUGGCCCUCCUGGAGCAGCAGGUGACAAAGGAGAUAAGGGUCCAACGGGUGUUCCUGGAUUUCCAGGUUUGGAUGGCAUACCUGGGCACCCAGGGCCUCCUGGUUCCAGAGGCAAACCUGGCAUAAAUGGCUACAACGGCUCAAGAGGUGAUCCAGGGCUUCCAGGAGAAAGAGGUGCUCCUGGCCCAGAAGGUCCCCGAGGCCUUCCUGGGGAAAAUGGAGAAAAAGGAAAUUCAGUCUUCAUUUUUGGUGCUAUUAAAGGUAUUCAGGGUGACAGAGGGGACCCAGGACCUCCAGGCUUACCAGGAUCAAGGGGUGCAAGAGGACCAGUGGGCCCAAUGGGAUAUCCAGGAGAGCCAGGGUUAGCAGGACCUCCAGGCCAUCCUGGGAGUCCAGGUUUGAAGGGUAAUCCUGGCGUGGGAGUAAAGGGGCAAAUGGGAGACCCGGGUGAGGUUGGCCAGCAAGGAUCCCCUGGACCCACUCUAUUGGUGCAGCCACCCGAUGCUAGUCUCUAUAAAGGAGAAAAGGGUAUAAAAGGAAUGUCUGGAAUGAUGGGACCUCCUGGACCACCUGGACCCAAGGGAGAACCUGGCACUGGAGCAAAAGGAGAGAAAGGUAUUCCUGGGUUCCCAGGACCUCGGGGUGACCCUGGUUCCUAUGGAUCUCCAGGUUUUCCGGGAUUAAAGGGGGAACCAGGACUGUUUGGAGAGCCUGGGCCAUUUGGAUUUCUUGGCGCAAAGGGGGAUCCUGGAGACCGUGGGAACCCAGGACCACCAGGUAUUUUGGCAACUCCACCUCUUCCACUCAAAGGCCUUCCAGGAGAUCCAGGGUUCCCUGGCAACUAUGGAGAAAUUGGGGAUAUUGGACUACCUGGUCCCCCCGGUCACUCAGGUGAACCAGGGGAAGCCUGUGCAGGCAUGAUGGGACCCCCUGGGCCACGAGGGUUUCCUGGUCAUCCAGGAUUUCCAGGGGCAGCUGGUGUUCCUGGGAGAGCUGAUUCUGCUCCAGGAAAAUCAGGGAACCCAGGACCACCUGGGUUGCCUGGAGCUCCAGGGCUGCAGGGACCUCCAGGAUCAGAUGUUAUAUAUUGUAGUGUUGGGCACCCUGGACCACAAGGAAUGAAAGGCAAAGUGGGUCCUCCAGGAAGAAGAGGCUCAAAGGGAGAAAAAGGCAACAUGGGGCUCUGUGCCUGCCAGCCCGGUCCCAUGGGCCCACCAGGCCCUCCAGGACUUCCUGGGAGGCAGGGUAAUAAGGGAGACUUGGGGCUCCCUGGGUGGCUUGGAGAAAAAGGUUACCCGGGCCCUCCUGGUGCAGAAGGAUCUCCAGGGUCACCAGGAAAACCUGGUGCCUCAGGACUACCUGGCAGCAAAGGAGAAAAGGGGGACAUGGUUGUAUCAAGAGUUAAAGGGCACAAAGGAGAAAGAGGUCCUGCUGGGCCCUCAGGAUUUCCAGGGCAGCCAGGACAACAUGGUCAGGAUGGACGUGCUGGAGAAAAAGGGGAUCCAGGACCCCCAGGGGAUCAUGAAGACGCAGCCCCAGGUGAUCAAGGGUCUUCUGGACCGCCAGGCCCCCCUGGCAGAGCGGGGCCUAGGGGUCCUCCAGGACUGGGAUUUCCUGGUCCACCGGGACAGAGAGGGCAACCAGGAGCUCCAGGCCACCCGGGAAGGAGGGGCCCCGAGGGCUUGAAGGGUCAGAAAGGUGAUACAAUUCCUUGUAAUGUAACCUACCCUGGGAGGCCAGGCCCUCGGGGCUUUGAUGGACCUCCAGGUCCGAAGGGAUUUCCAGGUCCUCGGGGGGCUCCUGGGCUGAGGUGUUUGGAUGGGGAGAAAGGUCAGCGUGGUAGACCAGGAGCAUCGGAAAUACCUGGUCCACCUGGCUUUCGUGGUGACGUGGGAGAUCCAGGUUUUGGAGGGGAAAAGGGAUCCUCCGCUGUUGGGCCCCCAGGCUCUCCCGGUUCACCUGGUGCAAAUGGUCAGAAAGGAAUCCCGGGAGACUCUGCUUAUGGCCACCCAGGACCCCCGGGCAGGAGGGGUCUUUCAGGAGUGCCAGGGUUGAAAGGACUCAGAGGUGAUCCAGGACGUCCAGGGGCUGCCGGGCCAGCUGGCAUGCCCGGAUUCCCAGGUCUCAAAGGUCCCAAAGGCAGAGAGGGAAGUGCUGGGUUUCCAGGUAUCCCAGGUCCCCCAGGCCAUUCCUGUGAAAGAGGUGCUCCGGGGAUGCCAGGACAACCGGGACUCCCUGGGGGUCCAGGUAGUCCAGGUGCCCCAGGGUGGAAAGGACAGCGAGGGGAUGUGGGGCCUCCUGGACCAGCUGGAAUGAAGGGCCUCCCUGGAGUCCCAGGAUGGCCAGGGGCAGAUGGACCCCUGGGACCUCCAGGAGUUCCAGGCCCCUUUGGGGAUGAUGGACUACCUGGUCUUCCAGGCCCUAAGGGACCCCAGGGGCUGCCUGGCUUCCCAGGUUUUCCAGGAGAGAGAGGAAAACCUGGCCCAGAUGGACACCCUGGCCGAAAGGGAGAAAUAGGAGAGAAGGGUUGGCCUGGCUUCGUGGGAGACUCAGGAGUGAGAGGAGCCAAAGGAUCCAGAGGACCCCCAGGAGAUGAAGGAGAAACAGUUAUAAUUUCCAGAAAGGGGGAAACCGGGGAACCUGGACCUCCUGGAGAUGGUGGAUUCCCAGGAGAAGGAGGUGAUAAAGGCCAUCCUGGGAUGCAAGGGAGGAGAGGAGAGCCGGGCAGAUACGGACCACCUGGAUUUCACAGAGGGGAGCCCGGUAGAAAUGGGCAGCCGGGACUGCCUGGACCUCCUGGCCCUCCAGGCUCACCCGGGCUGAGAGGGAUCGUUGGUUUUCCGGGAUUCCCAGGUGACCAGGGUAAGCCGGGGUCUCCAGGGCCCUCUGGACUUUCGGGAAUUGAUGGAACAAGAGGACCUAAAGGAAUCAAAGGUGACCCUGCAAGUCACUUUGGCCCACCUGGUCCAAAGGGUGAGCCAGGUAACCCUGGAUGUCCAGGAGCUUUUGGAGUGCCUGGAGAGCAGGGCUUGCCUGGUGUUCAAGGGACCAGAGGACCACCUGGAAGACCAGGAGUGCCUGGUUCCUCUGGACCACCAGGGUGUCCAGGUGAUCAAGGGGUGCCUGGGCUGGAGGGACAUCCAGGAGAAAUGGGGGAUCCUGGGCCAAGAGGCCUCACGGGGGAUCCAGGGACACCAGGUCUUCCGGGAGUAGAAGGUCCCCCCGGGGCACCCGGCCUGAAUGGCUUGCAUGGUUUGAAGGGUCAGAAAGGAACCAAAGGCGCUGCAGGUUUGCAUGAAAUGGGCCCACGCGGUCCAGUGGGACUACCUGGGCUGAAAGGGGAGACAGGAGACCCCGGGAGCCCAGGAAUUUCUCCUCCAGGCCUUUUAGGAGAAAAAGGUUCCCCGGGUCCCCCAGGGAGACCUGGACCACCUGGUCCUGCAGGUGCCACAGGAAGAGCUCCUAAGGGUGACAUUCCUGAUGCAGGUCCACCUGGAGAUCAGGGACCUCCUGGCCCGGAUGGUCUAAGAGGAACACCUGGGUCCCCAGGCCCCCCUGGGAGUGUUGACCUUCUGAAAGGGGAACCAGGUGACUGUGGUCUGCCAGGGCCACCAGGUCCCCCGGGCCCACCAGGACCUCCAGGACACAAAGGCUUCCCAGGAUGUGAUGGAAAAGAUGGCCAGAAAGGACCAAUGGGAUUCCCAGGGCCGCAGGGGCCACCUGGACUUCCUGGGUCACCUGGAGAGAAAGGUUUGCUUGGACCUCCAGGCAGACAGGGGCCCUCUGGUCCUCCAGGUUCCAGAGGUGAACCGGGGCCACCUGCAGAUGUGGAUUCCUGCCCCCGAAUCCCGGGGCUUCCUGGGGUACCAGGCCCAAGAGGACCAGAAGGAGACAGGGGGCCCCCUGGAAUGAGAGGCCCCCCAGGACCAGGGUGCAAAGGAGAACCCGGGCUGGAUGGCAGGAGGGGCGAGGAUGGCAUCCCUGGGUCUCCUGGGCCUCCGGGACACAAAGGGGACAUGGGAGAAGCCGGCUGCCCUGGAGCACCAGGCCCUCCUGGGCCCACUGGGGAUCCUGGGCCCAAAGGGCUUGGCCUGGGAUACCUCAGUGGCUUCCUCCUGGUUCUCCAUAGUCAGACAGAUGGAGAGCCCACCUGCCCUGUGGGCAUGCCCAGGCUCUGGACGGGCUACAGUCUCUUAUAUCUGGAAGGACAGGAGAAAGCUCACAAUCAAGACCUUGGUCUGGCAGGGUCUUGCCUUCCCAUGUUCAGCACACUGCCCUUUGCCUACUGCAACAUCCACCAAGUGUGCCACUAUGCCCAGAGAAACGACAGAUCCUACUGGUUGGCCAGCGCCGCGCCCCUGCCUAUGAAGCCACUCUCGGAAGAGGAGAUCCGCCCCUACAUCAGCCGCUGUGCUGUGUGCGAGGCCCCGGCUCAGGCAGUGGCGGUGCACAGCCAGGACCAGUCCAUCCCACCGUGUCCGCGGACCUGGAGGAGCCUCUGGAUCGGGUACUCCUUCCUGAUGCACACAGGAGCUGGGGACCAAGGAGGAGGGCAGGCCCUCAUGUCACCGGGCAGCUGCCUGGAAGACUUCAGAGCGGCACCGUUCCUUGAAUGCCAAGGCCGGCGGGGGACUUGCCACUUUUUUGCAAAUGAGUAUAGCUUCUGGCUGACCACGGUGAAACCCGACUUGGAGUUCUCCGUGGCACCAUCACCGGACACCUUGAAAGAAAGCCAGGCCCAGCGCCAGAAAGUCAGCAGGUGCCAGGUCUGCCUGAAGCACAGCUAGAGAGCCCACAACUUGCCAUCAUGUUGCCUAGAAACACUUCCUACAGGGCUGAGGCAUCCUAGGCUGUGCUAGGAGAUUUAAUGGUGCUCAUUUCAGACUCCUGUAUCCACUGUCCCUUCUGCUUCAAUGUGGUUACUCACAUAGUACUGUAAUGAAUUACUCUGUUAGGGAUGGAUUAAGCAAAUGUUACAUGUAUGGAUUUGCUUGGAUUUACCAAUCUAGAUGAAACUCAGAUAUUCAUAUUUUAUUGAGUAUGGUAGAAGAGCUGGCUUUAUUUAAAAAUAUGGUAAUUCACAGCAAGGCAAAUAGAUGAUAAAGGCCAGAUUACAAACUACAUUACUGAAAACUUCAUUCAUUGGUUAAUAGCACCUCAAACAAUUGAAGUCAAUGACUCUAUAAUACAGCAGGCUUCUGGAUGGAUUUUACAGGAAAAAAUAAAUAGGCCAACAAAUGAAACUAGAAAGUAGAGGUUUCCAAUAUUUCAAAAUGAUUUCCUCUGUAAUCUGUUUUUCCAUGCACUUUAAAUAAUUGUCAAACCAUGACCCAAGGAGAGUUAAAAAAA